CUCUCUCUUUUUUCUGUAAAGUCCAAUACAUUCCCAUCCAAUGGAAACCAACUGGAGCACUACAGUAUGUCUGCUGUGGGAUUAGAAAGAAAGAGAAAGGAAAGAGAGAGAGACAGAGAGAGCAAGAGAAAGGUGCCUGGAUGCUAAAUCCAUCACCUGCAUUUACACAAUAACACAACAGAACCCACAGAACCUUAACUAGUUUUGUGUUUCUUUCCAAUUUGUUGAUUUGUUCCUAGUCACUGAUGUGACACCAGUCGUUAAUUUUAGUGUUUUAGUGUUCUCAUGCUAUUGUAGCUUAAAAGACAGGAAGGUGAACAUACAAAAACUGAGAGAGCGAGACAGAGAGAGAGAGAGAGAGAGAGAGAGAGAGAGAGAGAGAGAGAGAGAGAGAGAGAGAGAGAGAGAGAGAGAGAGAGGGAGAGAGAGCAAAGAGAGAGAGACAGAGAGAGAAAGUUAGUGAGGAGGGAAUGGAAGGCGUGAUGGAAUAGGACGUUGCGUUUAUCACCCAGAAGACAGACUCUAGUGAACAUGAGGACACACACCAAUAGUGGAGACCCCAACGUGCAUGAGUGUGAAGGUGUGAUCAACAUUCUGUCCACAAACAUGGCUAUGGAUGCCAAUUUAAGCCUCAUAUUUCUGCAGCUUCUGAUGAUCUUUGCGUGUGUUUAGACCCCCUGAGUGGCAAUUGAAUUGACAAUAAAACUAAAUGCACCCUGGUGUGACUGCCGACAAGGGAUCUGCAGACUAAACAUCGCAGAUUCCCUGACUGAGGCAUUGCAAGGGAGAACAAGCAAAGCUUCUGAGAGAUGUCAUCAACAUGCACUGAUCCAUACAGAAGACCUUUAACUAUUUAGAGACUGAGUCCGAGCUCUGUAGCUAGACUGAGACAGAAAGAAGAAGACCAUGAUGGAGAAGUUGGAGCCCACUGUAUCUUCAUCCCCUGCUCUGUCAAUGACUGACCCUUUAACUCCUCCACACACUCAUUCUCCAUGCACCAGCAGCCCUGCAGCGAAUGAGGAUAAUGGUACAGAGAGUGGCAUGAGCUCAAACCCCAGCAGUCCGGCUACAUCGCAAAUUACCGAGACAGCUAAUGUAGAGGAGAAAGCUGAGCCUGCUAGCUCACCCCCAAACACAAGCAUCCCUUCCAUUUCUACUUCCACAUCCAGUUCCACUUCCACCGUCGUCCUCUGCUCUCCUCCUUCAUCAUCUCCUGCUCCACUGCCCCCUAACAUCCCAGUCAUCAGUCUGGCUCACAGUAAACCUCCUCUGCCACCGAUCCCUAUGCCUGCUACACAGCUCACCGCCCUCCACCCCAUACCCACAGUGCCACACGGACCUGGAGAACUCCGACUGGCACAGCUAGCUGCCCUCUCAGGGGGUCCAACAGCCUCGGUGCCUCCACCUAGAGGUCUACUGCCUCACCAAUACCUACCUGGACACCCUUUACUCAACAGCUCUUUCCUUAGUCCAUCCGGUAGUUAUGGUUUCUUCGGCAACAACCGUGUUAAAAGAAGACCAUCAAGCCACUUUGAAUUGGAUCUAACUGAUUGUCCUCCUCAGAAGCUGGCCAGGCGUGUUUUCACCAAUAGCCGUGAGCGUUGGCGUCAGCAGAACGUGAACGGUGCUUUCUCAGAGCUCCGGAAACUCAUCCCUACACAUCCACCAGACAAGAAGCUAAGCAAGAACGAGAUCCUGCGGCUCGCGAUGAAGUACAUCAACUUUCUGGUGAAGCUAUUGAAUGACCAGUCUAACGACAGCGACACAUGCAGCCUAACGGACAGCACAGAGGAGGACAAGAGCAAGACGAAAGGGGCAAAUGAAACGAUGGGCAAUGGCCACAAAGACUGCAGCCAUGUCCUUCGCUCAGCGUGUCCCUCAGACAGCACCUCACCGUCUCAGAUCACUCCUCCACUUCCUGCUGUUCGCCUGACCUUAGUCACUUCCCACCGUAACAGAGACUCCACUGAUUCAGUCAUCGCUUUGACCGCAUCGCCCGGCUCCAGUUGCUAUGGCGACACGGACAGUGAGGAAAAUUUAGGCUCACAGAAUUCAGGGAUUGUUAAGACGAGCGUUAGCGAAGGGAUGAUGGAAAAAAUGAAGGAACAGAUACAGACUGUUAUGGCUUCUGGAUACCACCGAUGACAUCUCCUGUGACAUCAUGUUUAAACGCUGGCGCACAAACUGACAAAAAGAGGAACGGACUAGUCAAAUAUAUAUAUGCGCUUCUGUGUGUGCUUGUGUGUGUGCUUGUUUGUGGAAUAGUCAAUUAUUAUUAUUAUUAUUAUUAUUAUUAUUAUUAUUAUUGUUAUUAUUAUUAUUAUUAUUAUGUUUAAAUUUAGUGGUUAAUUCCCACCAUAACAGUUUAAAUUUUGACAUUUUAAUAUUUUAGAUGUUUUAUUGUGUACAGAUUAAUUAUUAGCAUCUGAGGUAAACACGUUUGGUUCACACACAUUGUUGUGGCACUUUGAAGUAUGAAGACAAGAAAAAAUAAACAAGCUGUGUAUUCGGAGACCUUUGUGCUAUUGUGUAUCACAGACAGCAGGAACGAAUAGAAAUGGUGUGUCUAAGUAGCAGAAGAUAAACAUGAAGAAUAAUCAGGCUUGUGGAAAGAUCUACAAAAGGUCUAUGUCAAGCCUUUAUAGCAAAGGGGUGUAACUGUAGUGCACUUACCACCUCCGAGGCACCAGAUUGGUAAAAUUGACCUUUACUCAUGGAGGUCAGUGAGCUUAUGGAUGUGGAAUUGGUUUAUUAGCAGUUUUAUCUGAAUGUGUUACGUUGCCUUGUGACCUUUGUGUCAAGUCACCUUUGUCAGAAUCUCAAAUACUCUUGAAUUUCCAUCUCUGGAGCCACAGCAAAGACAAACAUCUUCCUCGUUACCAAAGUUAAGCGAAUCUUUAAUACUGAUAAUAACAUUAAAAGUUAGGUCAGUUAGUGACUGUUUCUACUGUAGCUAGGACUGGUCGGAGGAUCGUUGUGGCUACGGCUAGCGCUUUUUCUGUAAAAAUUGAAACCGAAAAAAUAAAAAAGUGAAAAACCUA